AUGGACCCGGACCCGGACCUAGACUUGGACUUGGAUAGCGUGCUUGUCGCCCAUGAUGCUGAUGCUCAUCCGCCGGCUCGCCAUCUCCCCCAUCUUCUUGACCACUCGAGCUCCAACCCAGCUGCCUUUUACUCUAACCCUGCCAACGACAUCGUCCUGCCCGCCUCAACCACCAAUGCUCAGGUCCUCGCCCACCAUGCUGCUGCCACCUUAGAUCCUGACGACUUUUACAAGAGCUACCAGACAGCACCCGGCGAGCCGCAGCCUUUCCCAAUGGCCUCGCCAGUCCCGCCUCCCGACACCGAUGGGGCUGCUGCAAGACACCUGCAGCCGCCUGCAAAUCGCAGUGCUGGCCGUCAGGGUACCGGUACUGCCAUGCGCUCCGCCUCGAACCCCCUCGACCGCAAGUCAGCCGCGACGUCGAGAUCCCCUUCGGCCAGCGCCCCCAGCGUUAAGGAUCUGAAGAAGCGCUUCGACCAGACCGGCGGGCCAAACUCCAUCCCCAGACCUCCUCCGCGCCAGGUUGCUCCAGUCGCUCGGGUCAGGCAAGAUACUAUUACGAGUAAACCCAAACCGAAGCCGAAGCCCAGCUCGUCAGGCUCUUCAUCCACGCACGCAAAUACUCGUUCUGGCAUCCCCGCUUCGAACUCGUCCAAGCAGUCUUCGUCAUCGGGUUCGACCUCGGGUUCGACCUCGGGCUCGACCUCGACGUCAAGUCCCUCCCAACCGUCGCCGCCAUCUCCAAAGUCUAACCCUCAGUUUCCGGGCCUACUAUUCGGAGAAAUCCCCCCGGGCCAGCACGACGUCGUGGCCGCCGGCUUUGGCAUCGACAACCUUCGCCCUCGAAGAACGUCCGAAUCCAACGUGCACGGCCUCGUGGGUCGUCAACGCAGCUUCUCCGACCUCGAAGCCGAGCCUGCAUCCCCAUCUAGCUGCGAUCACUCGGCGUCGAAACAUCUCCUGCCCUUGAUCCAUAAAUCGCCUCCGCCCGCAGCCACAUCAACAGGAACAACAACAACAGCGGCACUUGCAGCGGCCACGGUAACGGCAACGGCUGUUGCAGCAGCAGAGGCCACUGCCCACUCCGCCACACACGCGUCAGCAGGUGCAAGCUCCAAACUACCUGUUUCCAUCAGCAGGAGACUAGCGAGCCCAACCAACUCCAACUCCAGUCCCGCUUCCUCGCGAUCGAAUUCACCAUCUACAUUUAGGAGACCACCGACAGGUCGAAAACAGCCUCCCUCGGGCCUGGUUACACCAAGUAAUAGCAACAACAGGCUUCAGGCGUACGUGUCCACCGCGCCGCCCAAGCUUUCACCGCCCUUGAGGAGCUCUCGUCCACGCCAGCCAGUCUCCGUAGCGACAACAGCAAGCUCCCGAAUGAAAGAGGCGGCCAAAACGAAGCCCCCUGCACGUCCAAAUGCGAGGGAUAACCCUUCUUCGUCAAAGACGUACGACCCAGCGAAGCGUAAGAUAAUAGCUGUUGGACCUAUAGACUUUGAACAGCGUCGAGAACACAUUCGACUGGCGUACACCAAGACCAUUCGAGAAAGCCAGGCCUACGAGGUGCGCCAAAGGGCGGUGGAGAGGAGGCGGAAGCAGAUGGAGGAGGCCAAGGCCAAAGCAGAAACCGCCACAACUGCAGCUGCCGCUCCAGAUACAGAUACAACUACGACUACAACUACGGCUUCACCUACCACGGUGACCGCCGGGGAGGAAGAGGCUUCAAGUAACGAGCCAGCAGAAGACCGCGUAAAUCCAGAGGUAGAGGCAGCGGAGACAGGGCCGGCUGAAAGCUUCUCGGCGAGGGAGCCGGCCGUGGAGCUCCCAGCUGAUCAUGACCCUCGUGCUGUUGUGGGGAACAACCGCGCAAGCCUUCUAGAAAUCCCGACAGAUGCAGCCUCGCACCCAGCUCCUGGCAAGGAUGAUGAUUCGCCGACGCUGGGUAUCCCCGGGAGCUUCCCUGAACCUUCACCGUCCGCUAACGUAGCAAGAAAGCAACGGCCUCUGUCAACCAUUUCAGCAACCUCUGCUGUUACCGAGUUUGAUAUUGAGCCCCAGGCAGAGCUUUCCGAACUGACUAUGUCCGAUCGGCCGCUCAGCCCCCAAAUCAUAGUGCCGAAACGAGAACGCUCUCAGUACCGAAGCCCCUUUGAGGACGACGACUUUCCAUCAUCGCCGCCGCGGCCGCGCCCUGCGACUCAUCACAUUAGCCAAGAUAGCCAUACCGACCAGCAGUUUAUCCCUGACGCUUAUUACGACAAUGAGCAUCAGGAGAACUCCUUUGAGACCCAUGUGCACCAAGAUUACCAAACCAUUGUGACGAUACUGCCGCAGCCUUCGCACGAGCCCCCUGCUGCCGAGGAGACUGCGCGGGCGGCGUCUUUUCCCCGACUGGAUAUUCAAGAUGAAUCAGACUGCCACUCAGACUUAGAAAGCGUUCCGGCAAUGGCUCGCCGCAUGCGCGCUGAUAUCGAUGAUGCCGCCACAGAUGCCUGUACCGAAGAGACGGACGACCGAGAUGGGAUGGAGGAUGAGCGGUCCCCAUACCGCUUCGGCGCCGCCCAUUCGCCGAACAGGGCUUCUACAUGUGCAUCAUCGGACAUAGAAACCUUUGAUGACCUUCUCUAUCCUUCGCAUGACGAGCAGGUCGAUGCGGGUCCACCAAACAAACUUUUGGCGCCGCCCUCGAUAUCCCGGGCCGACAGAUCAAGCCAUCAAACCGCAUGGACUAACGUCUCUGUGGAGAGUAUGGGACACUCAGAGGCCUCAGAGUCGCCUGUUAUCGCCGGUGUUCGCCCUUCUGUUGACUCGACACGGUCGUCGAUCCAACUCGGCCAACAGCUCCCGGAACUAGACACGGGCGAAGGCUUCUCGAUCCCUUACUUAUCUGCAGAGGCGGCUUCUGACUUUUCGUAUCUAUCGUCGCCGAAACACGAACCGCCAGCCCUUCCCCGCUCUGGACGGAACUCAGCCAUCGAAUCGCAAACGUCCAGUGUAUUUUAUGAACAGUCCCAGUAUGGUAGCACCUUGGUCAACUCUGAACGGGGGAGUGGGGAGUACAUCUCUCAUCAUUCGGAAACUCCUCUGUCGAUGAUGGACAUGACCUCGAUGGAGACUAUGGACCAGUACUUUGAGGGCCAGGCCCCCCAAGACAGCGAUGCCAAAUCAUUCAUUCAAGAAACUGAGGACCUAAGCAGCGAAGAGCGGCAUCGCCUGAUUCAAAGACGAAACGUCAUCAAGGAGCUUGUCGACACCGAGGCCAUCUUCGUAAGAGACAUGAACAUUGUAGAAGAGAUUUAUAAAGGCACCGCGGAGGCUUGCCCCAAGCUGGAUGCGAAGAUAAGCAAGCUCAUUUUCCGGAACAGCGACGAGAUUGUCGAAUUCCACACCUCAUUCCUUGUCCUCCUCAAGGAGGCGGUGGCCAGCAUAUAUGUGCCGAAAAGUGGCCGUUCCCUUGUCGCUAGAGAGGACUCACUUUACUCGGAACAAAGCCAGACCUCCAUUGUUGACCUUAGUGACGCCAAGGACCGCGAGACGUCACUUGGUCCGGCGUUCCAAGCCAGCAUGGAGAAGAUGAAACUUGCUCACGAGGGGUUCCUGAGAAACAGCGACCAGGCGGCCAAAAAGCUCAUCCAGAUCCAACAGGACCCGACGGUUCAAAUCUGGCUGAACGAAUGCAAUGAGGUGGCCAAGGACCUGACCGCUGCCUGGGACUUGGAUUCUCUGCUCAUUAAACCGAUGCAGCGAAUUACAAAGUACCCGAAUCUGAUCAUGACGCUCCUGCAACACACUCCCCAGGAUCAUCCCGAUCGAGAGCCGCUUGUGGUGGCCAAAGAGGCGCUUGAAGAGGCCAUUAUCGAGAUCAACAAGACGAAGAAGAACUUUGAGCUAGUCGGACAAAUCGUCGGUAGAAAACGUAAGGAGUCCGACGUGAAGGCGGGACUUGCUCGAGCCUUUGGCAAGAAGGUGGACAAGCUGCAAGGCGGUGCUCGACCGCCCGAGGAUCCUGAGUAUGUCAAGCUGGAGGAAAGGUUCAGUGAUGAUUAUCUGCGGUUACAAGUCGUUUUGCGCGAUGUCGAGUUCUACACUAGGCAAGUGUCAUCGUACGUGCACGAGUUUCUGCAAUACUUGUCGGCGAUUGAGUUGGUCAUGCGACUCCAGCCAGGCAGCUUCCCUGAGCUGGAGAGCAAGUGGGUGCAGUUUAACAUUUCGAUCCGCGACAUUGAGAAAGUAGCGCUGGAGCAGCACUUGGCACAAAUACGAAAGCAUGUCAUCGAGCCAUUUGAACAUGUCAUCAAGUCUUACGGGAACCCCUCGUUGGCUAUGAAGAAGAGGCAAAAGCGCCGAGUUGUAUGGGAACGUGCAGAGCAGCUAAAGAAGGCAGGCAAAAGCGUGGAACCCAAACUCAAGGAGCUGGUUGAGCAAUAUGAGGCUCUCAACGACACGCUGAUCAAGGAGCUUCCGAAGCUGUCGGCGUUGACGGAAAAGGUGGGGAACAUUUGCUUGGGCAAUCUCAUCAACAUCCAGGCCAAUUGGUACCUGAUAUGGAGGGAGAAGAUGAGGGCUGUCCUGGCGGACGCGCCUGAGAUGCCAGAAAUAGAGGAAAUUGUGGCAACUUUCGAGCGAGAGUUUCCCUACGCAAACGAGAUGAUGGCCAACAUCGGCAUUAUCAACCCGGCCUACCAUGGACGAACGUCCAUCUCGACGACGAAUGGAGACGACAACCUCCCCAGAACUAGGGGGCGAACUUCGGAAGCAGAGAACAGAGCAUGGGGCCAGCCUGUGAAUGGCGAACCAGUGCCUUCCCUGCCUGCGCCUGAUUUUGGCAAACGACAUAGCGGCUCGUUUACUCUAUCUCCAAUUGCUGCCGGGCCUUCCAGCGGCUUCGGGGCGACGGCGCCCAGUCCUCACCAGUACUAUUAUAGAGACUUUUAUGCCGGCCUGUCAAGCAGUCAGGGAGGAAUGGCAUCACCGAGAUCGGCCGAAGUGCCAGCAACCUCUCGAUCACUUGGCGGUACGAGACCGAGUACGGGCAAGAGCUUCGAUUCGUCGGCGAUGGCAAUGCCGCGACAGAGCACAGAGUCGGCACCUCACACCCGACGAGAUUCGGACGGCCCCGAAGAAAGCCAGCGGUCGUCUAGGGCGUCAUCACGAGAGCGAGCGCAUGCUUCUGACGGAUACAAUAUCCUGUGGUUGGCAGCAUCGCUCUUUGAGUUUAACAUUUCCACAACAAAACACGAGGCCGGGUAUCCUUACCUGACAUAUCAGGCUGGCGAGAUUUUUGACGUGAUUGCCGAAAAGGGCGAGCUCUGGCUUGCAAAGAACCAAGACGACCCGACGGACCAGGUGGGCUGGAUUUGGUCCAAGCAUUUUGCCAAGCUGGCCGACUCAUAG